ACCAAUCAACCACCUGUUGGUUGCUCAGAAACCAUUUCCGCUUCUUCAAAAUGGCGUCUGACGGUACAAUUCCUCUUCGUGAAGAAGAAACGCGGACUUAUCUUCAGGAUCACAAAAUACUAGAACUAUUUAAUAAUAUGACAUCACAACUAAUUUUUCACAGGCCCGCUGAUCCCAAGAAGUUUAUGAUUGAAACCAUGGAACGGCUUCAGAAGUCACAGGCUACUAAACGCGACUACCCCUGCCUGUUUGAUGACAGCAAUAUUCAGUCUGUAUACGGCAUGCUCGAUCCAACUAACAGGGGAUACAUUACACUGCAACAGUACAAUGAAGCCUUAGAGACAUUUGGUAUUCAGAACUUCAAUGAGAAGCCAGAAGGAGCAGCCGAUGACAGAAUAACCUUUGAAACUUUUAUGCUGGAAGCGAGAAAUGGUCUUCAGAGAGUCUCUGCAACUUUCCACUCCACAUGAACUCUUCAUCUGUGUCCUGACUUGUGUUUGUGUCAUAAACAGUAAUUUUAAAUCUAUAACAAAUUGUAAUGUUAUGCAAUAUGACAUAAAAUAUAUACAUGAAUCUGAAAGUCUAAACUAAACCAACAUCAGAUGAAAUUCGAAACGAGACAAGCCUUCGUGUAUUAGAUUAUUUGAGAUAUUCUCUUGCAUUUAGAUUUGGUUUCAUAUUAUUUAUUCAAAGUGACUAUACACAACAAUUUUUGAACAUCCACAUUUGUUCAUUUGAUAUUUAUAAAACUAUUUAUCAAUUAAUCAAAUAUUUAUUCUGUUGUUUUCAUUUUUCUUUUGUAUGCUAUGAAUGUUGUUUGAAUGUUUUGCAUCAGGUUAUUACUCAAUAGUGACUUCAAUUACAUUAAUAUUAAAAUUAACACAUUUAAAUGGGUCAGUGUCUUUAAUUUUCAUCAGAUAAUAAGUUUGUUACAUUUCUAUUAAAAUGAAAAAUGUA